AUGCCCUUGUUGAUUCGUCAGCUACCUUUCCUCCGACCGACCAUACUCCGCACUUGUCGAGCUCUACAGCUACCCCGUGCAGCACCCGGCAAUCCUCCUGCACCAGACCGACAUCCCUCCCCCAUCUCGUCGUACUCAACCCGCCGCACCAGCCCCGUCAAAGGACGCAACAGCCCCCAAAAGAUGGCCUCCGUCUCCCACCCCGACCAAGUCAACAAGACGAGCCAUCCGUUCGAGAGGCAGGCGAUCGAGACCCUGUUGUUGAGGAGGUUCUUCUUUUGUCCCGCUUUCGAGAUUUAUGGAGGUCCGUCAGUACUACGCGUGUGCGGUGGGAUGGGGCCUUUGAGCUGAUCGUUUGGGUCGUGUUCGGUUUUUUGCAGGUGUCAAGGGCCUGUACGAUUAUGUGAGUAUCUACGGCUGGGCAGGCUGAGAACGAGCACCUCCUCUUCCACGUCCUCCUCAAGCUGACCGCUCUUUCCCCUCCAGGGUCCCCCCGGUGCGGCCCUACAAGCGAACAUCCUCGACCUCUGGCGCAAGCACUUUAUCAUCGAAGAAGAGAUGCUCGAAGUCGACACCACCAUCAUGACCCUCUCGGACGUACUCAAAACGUCCGGCCACGUCGAUCGUUUCACCGACUGGAUGGUUCGCGACCUCAAGACGAACGAAGUCUACCGCGCGGAUCAUCUCGUCGAAGGCGUCCUUCAAGCGAGGAUCAAAGCCGAUGCCGAAGCGAGGGGUCACGCUUUGAAACCUGUCGUGGAGGACCCGACCCAAAAGAAGAAGAAGAAGGUCGUUCAAGCCGUGACGCAAAUCUUACCGGACGGCAAAGCCGAAGAAUACGAAACCGUCUUGGCGCAGAUUGAUAACCUUGGUGGCAAGGAAUUGGGCGAGCUGAUUAGGAAGGAAGGGAUCUUGGCACCGGAUACGGGUAAUGAGGUGUCGGAACCGGUCGAAUUCAACCUCAUGUUUGAGACGCAGAUUGGUCCCACGGGCCAGAUCCAUGGGUGAGUGGUCGGCCGUGAGCUGCAUCCCACAGGACUCGACCGGGGAGAGCUGACUCUGUCGCUGGCCCUCACAGUUACCUCCGUCCCGAAACGGCUCAAGGCCACUUUGUCAACUUCAACCGCCUGCUCGAAUUCAACAACGGUCGCGUCCCUUUCGCCUCGGCUCAAAUCGGUCGUUCGUUCCGUAACGAGAUCUCACCCAAACAAGGCCUCUUGCGCGUACGAGAAUUCACCAUGGCCGAAAUCGAACACUACGUCGACCCGCAGGACAAGGCCCAUGAUCGAUUCGACUCGGUCAAGCACGUCGAGAUGCAAUUCCUCCCCAAGGGGGUGCAGGAAUCGGGCAAGACGGAUUUGACGACCACGACGAUCGGUCAAGCCGUGGAAGACGGCAUGGUCGAUAAUAUGACGUUGGGUUACUUCAUCGCGAGGAUCUACCUCUUCCUCACCAAGAUCGGCAUCGAUCCUAAACGCCUUCGAUUCCGUCAACACAUGGCCAAUGAGAUGGCUCACUACGCCGCGGAUUGUUGGGAUGCCGAGAUUUUGAACUCGUACGGAUGGAUCGAAUGCGUUGGGUGCGCCGAUCGUUCGGCGUACGAUUUGACCGUCCAUGCGAAUAGGACUCAGCAAAAGAUGGUGGUGAGGAAGGCGUUGGAGGAAGUGCACGUGUACGACAAGCUCGUCAUCAACCUCGAAAAGAAGUCGUUCGGUCCCAUGUUCAAAAAGGAUGCCAAGGCGUUGGAAGAAGGCUUGCUCAAGCUCACGCAGGAGCAAACGAGUGAGGCGCAAAAAGCUCUGACGGAGAAAGGCGAGUACCUCUUCCAAGGUCCCAACGGCCAGGAAUUCAAGAUCCCUUCGUCGGUCAUGUCCAUCAAAUCGGUGACCGUUCGCGAACAAGUACGCGAAUUCGUCCCCAACGUCAUCGAACCUUCCUUCGGCAUCGGUCGCAUCCUCUACUCCCUCCUCGAACAUUCCUACUGGGCUCGAGCAGAGGACGUCAACCGAGGCGUUUUGUCCCUCCCCCCUUCCGUGGCACCGGUCAAGGUCCUCAUCGUUCCUCUUUCGAACAACGCCGAAUUGAAACCCUUGUCCAAACAAGUGUCCAACCAAUUACGAUCGCUCGGCAUCGCUUCCCGCGUCGACGACUCGGGCGCGUCGAUCGGGAAACGUUAUGCGCGAAACGAUGAAUUGGGUACCCCCUACGGCGUGACGAUCGAUUUCGCCUCCGUCAAGAACGGCACCAUCACCUUGAGGGAAAGGGACACGACCUUCCAAGUCAUCGGUAAGGUUGAAGAGGUUGUGGCGUUGUUGGUCGAGUUGUGCUCGGGGAGGUUGGAAUGGGCCGAGGCCGCGACGAGGUUGCCGGCUUAUACGGGCGAACAGGAGGUUUGA